AUGGCGCUGUCUCAGUGGCUCUGCCUGACAUUCCUGCUAUGGCCGAGGAUGGGAUCCGCCGAAAAGAUGCGGGCUGCAGUAGUCAGCAACCGCAGCUGGGAUCUCCAGUUCCACUUGGACAAGGUCGAACAAGAUUCGGAGGACAUCCCAACGCCGGGCCGCGGGGAAGUGCUGGUGAAAGUCUUCGCUUCAAACAUCAACCCUGUUGAUCACAAGAUCGUCGGCUUGGCUGGCUGGAGCUGGAGCUAUCCCCACAAGCUGGGCUACGACGUGGCGGGCGUCGUUCAGACCUUGGGCGCUGGCUGCGAGCGUCUCAAGCCGGGCGACGAAGUCUGGGGCGAGGCCACAUCUUUGAUGGAAUCCCUCACCACUGCCGGCACCUACGCUCAGUAUGCAGUCGUCUCUGAGUCGGUCUUGGGUUUGAAGCCGAAGUCGCUAAGUAUGCUGGAGGCCGGGGCCAUGCCUAUGGUGGCUCUGACGGGACUCGAGUCGCUUCGGUGGGCGGCGGGCGCGGCGAAGUUUCGGAGCACGAACACCACCGUGCUGGUUCUCGGUGGAAGCGGUGGCACUGGCCAUUUGGGCAUUCAGCUAGCAAAGGCCAUGGGUGCUGCCUGGGUCAUCACCACUUGCUCGGACACUCAUUCCAGCUUUGUCCGACAGCUGGGCGCAGAUCAGGUCAUCGACUACCACAAGCAGAACUACUAUGAUGUCCUCUUGCCGAAGUCCGUUGAUGUGGUCUACGAUUGUGUCGGCAUGGAUGGUACGGGAGACCAUGCAUAUGGGAUCAUCAAGGAGCACGGGAGCUUCGUUACGCUCCUGCAGGGAGGAAAAGCUUCGCUUUCGACGAGGCUGCGUCGCCCAGACGUGCAUCAGUAUGCGCCCACCUGCGUCGGGAGCUGUUCCGAACACACGAAGAUUGAUGCUGCCACCUGGCAUCAACGGUUUGAGGGUGGUAGGGUUAGGGCACAAGCAGCAUCGUUUGAGUUGUUUUGGAUACAGAGGGCCCAUGAAGAUGCACGUCAAACUUAUCAUCUCAAUCAUGCAGGAGUCAGAACGGUAACUCAUGCCGUAGUCCGUCAGACGGUCUUGGAAUUGUAG